CAUUAUAAACAUGACAGUGUGGGCAUUGUGAAACAGAUAUCUUGUGAGUUACGGUUCUUUAAUUUUUAAAAAAUCUGUUAAUUAAUAACUUUAAAACUGCCAUCGGAGUAUCGCCUAGUUAGCUAUAACCUAUGUAUGUUUCCGGUUUACCUCUGACACACUGCGCGACUCAGUGCCACAGUUUGGUUGUUGUGUUAUUUUGUUCUGUAAGAUAAACAUGAGAGCACACUUGAGAGAAACCAUUUUCCUCUGUGGAAUCUUUCUUAUUUGCUCAUGUCAAACAGCUGCUCAAACAUGCAGGGGGAAGUGUGGAGACAUAUUGGAGGAAUGCUCCUGCCAUACAACCUGUGUCUCUUUGCUGAACUGCUGUUCAGACUACAACCAGUCCUGUUUCCAGGUGAUGCCUCACUCCAGCUCCAUGCUGGGUGGGAGAGCUCUCAGGAUCCUCAGUUUGGUUCUUCAUCCUGGGGGCCGCUUUCUCUGCAGGUUCAAAGGAGAGAUUGAACGAGAAGGAUUUAUUGAUGCUGAGGGCCAAGCCUACUGCGUCUCUCCUUUAUUGUAUGAGACGGGUUGGAUACCAUUUGCUGUCUCAACAGAUGGGAUACAUUUUGACAGAUCUGGAGAGUACUUGUCAGUUCACCCCAGUAAAGCGGACCAUGCUUUCAAAGUCACCCUGGUGAAUGGAACACAGUGGCAGUAUUACGGCACACCUAAUGUGGCAGGACAACUUACGAUGACAUGGAACAGCUCUUUGAUUGGAGCAGAGAAGGUCAACAUAGAGCUGUGGGGUUACACAGAGUUUAGCGGGAGGAUAGAGGCACAGAACAGAUCUGCUCUGCAGGCCAAGCUGAGCUAUCUGUACUCUCUCGGUAGGAAUCUGUCCAACACUGGUGCCUUCAGCUUCAUCCCAGAGCCCUCACAUAACUACUCUGGCUGGGAGCUGGGGAAUAUCCGCAUCACUGCCAGUUCUGAGUCAGAUGGAGCAAGGGAUGUACAGGCGCUGUGGAGCGGAGGUCAUGUCUUAGCCUGGCACCUGGAGCGGGCUUUCAGAGAUGACUCUGCUGUCUGGGCUGAGAAAAAGUGUCAGCAGUGGGACGAACUGGAGAAGAAGCUGCCUAAGUUCCUGGAUGAGCUCAUUAACUGUCCAUGCACUCUGGCACAGGCCCGAGCAGACACCGGCAGGUUUCAUACUGACUAUAGUUGUGACAUCGAGAAGGGCAGUGUGUGCACUUAUCACCCAGGUAGUGUCCACUGCGUCAGAGCAAUUCAGGCCAGUCCUACUCAUGGUUCAGGGCAGCAGUGCUGCUAUGACAGCACAGGCACUCUGGUGCUGACGGGAGACUCGAUCAGUGGCAGCACCCCAGAGAGGGCUCACGACUGGGGCUCACCUCCAUACAUGGAGCCGCCACGGGUGCCUGGAUACUCCCACUGGCUUUACGAUGUCAUUAGUUUCUACUAUUGCUGCCUGUGGUCAAACCACUGCCACAUCUACUUCAGCCAUCGCCCUUCUAGUGAGUGUCGCAACUACCGGCCCCCAAGAGCUGGUGUUGUCCUUGGGGAUCCGCAUUUCAUAACGUUCAACGGCCUCAACUACACUUUCAAUGGCAAAGGAGAGUUCUACCUUGUGUCCUCGCCAGACAAAGAGCUGAGUGUUCAGGCCAGAACAGAACAGGUGAAACUUAAGAACGGUACCUUGGCCAAAGCCACAUGGCUGUCAUCAGUGGCGAUGAAGGAGAAUGCCUCUGAUGUCAUCGAGGUACGUCUAGCAGAGGGCCACCUUCAGGUGCUAAGGAACCAGAAGGUGCUUCCUUUCACUGAGCAAAGAUCGAUGGACCUACACGGAGUAUUUGUGUUCUGUCCCAGUCCUCACAAUGUGACCGUAAGCUUCUGCUCUGGUGCCAGUGUGGAGGUUCGUGUGCAUGAGGGAACAAUGGCAGUGACCGUGCUACUUCCAACAGAGUUCAACCAUAGUCAGGGUCUCCUCAGCUGGAUGAACUCAUCAGAUGCCCUGUUGACCCAAGUUGGCGAGGUCAUCUCUUCAGCCGACGCCACGCCAGAGGAAAUCUUUACCUUUGGAGCCAGCUGGAACAUUUCAAAGAACUCUUCCCUUUUCACAUACGACUCGAAGUACCUUUUGGAUGCCUACUAUGUCCCACCAAGCCACGAUCCUGCUUUUGUUCCUGUUUUUUCUUUGCCUGAGGGACCUGAUGACCCUCUGGUGGCAGACAUGUUGAAGAUGUGCUUUGGAGAAGGAGCAAGGUUCUGUAAAUAUGAUACACUGACCACUCGGAGCCUCACAGUGGGAAACGCAACACUCAGGGCCUACCAGAGUUAUCAGGCUCAAAUGGUAGCACUGGAGCCAGUGGUGUCUUGUGGCUGGCUUUCCACACCCAGGAAUGGGAAGAAGAACGGUACAUGUUACCUAGAAGGGAGCACUCUGAGCUUCACCUGCAAUGAAGGCUACAUACUGUAUGGUUCAACAGAACGCAUUUGUCUGAAUGAUAGGACCUGGACCGGAAAGCAACCCUACUGCAUAACAGAUAAUAACGUGGGGUUUGUACUUGGCGCUGUUGGUUCCCUCUCAGCCCUGGUCACAGUGGGAGUAAUGAUCAAACUGCACGACAGGAAACAAGACAGAGAGAAAAAAGAGAAAGGGGACCAGAUGGUGACCCUAGAACAAACUUGCUAAACCUUCGAAGUCCUUUCGGAUUAUGGAUCACACCACUCCACAUUGAAACCUUUAGCUAUGUGGCCUAUGGCGACAAAUAUGUUUGCAUUUGGAAAAUCACAUGCAGUCGUGUUGUUCAUUAGGACGAUGGUUUUCUCUUGACCUGUUGACCUUAUCAGGAAAACCUCAGGUGCUGGUGAAGCUUUCAGCGUGUUGUUUGGCCUCAUGUUUUGCUUCUUGUUUAGUUUGGAAAACCUCCAGAUCGUGGUAAAUGGUGCAUGGGGUGAGGAUUGAGGGUAUUGAAGUAAAGGAAAAAUGCCAUGAUUGUUUUUAUAUUCCCGUUUUGCAUGACUGGACGUCCGAUCUUCGCUAGGGAGAGAGAGAGAGAAUUGUAUAAAUACUUUACAGAGAUAUCAUCAUUACAGUCAACCCUCCCUUCUCCUCUUCUCUAAAAUAGGACCAGAUGUGUUCAUGCUCAUGUCAAAUGUGAAAUGAACCUGAUCAUUUAUUUGGUUGAAAGACUUUGAACUCAUAGUCAGCCUUUGUGUGGGCUCACAGCCUUCAGUCAAACGAAGGGUUUUGCUGAGUGACUGAGCUGGAAAAAUCCACAAAUGUUACAUACAGGUCACCUUUUUGCACUAUAUCAACACUUGCUUUCUGAGUUUGCACUGUAACAUGUGUAUAAAAAGGCAUUUUAUAAUAAUUGAUUGAAUGCAUAUGUAAAUGUCAAAUUAAAAAUCAAUGAGAGAAUCAAA